CUCGGUGCAGCGACGGGCUGGGCGUGUCUGGCAGCGGAGCCCUUUAGAUGUUGUCAUCGCGGUCGCUUGUUCGGUUUGUUUCACGUUGAGCUUCGGACGAGCUUCGUGGAAAGAAUCGAACAAUGUGGCUCUAACCGCUGUUUCACUUCCCCCCGCGCCGCUAGCGACGUUUUAAACGUGUUUCUCUAACAGCGCGCACAAGGACAACGGUGAUCAGACCCCCCCCCCCGAAUUCCGAACCAUCCAGCACACCGCACCGACGGGCUAGCUCCAGAAGCUAACCGGCUAACGCCUAGCGCCUUAGCUAUGGAGGAGAGGAAGGAGGAGGGGGAGAUCCAGGAGCACGGCCCCGAGCACUGGUUCUCCAAGUGGGAGCGACAGUGCCUGGCCGAGGCCGAGCAGAGCGAGCCGAACGAGGAGGAGUCGGAACAAAGUCAACAGAAGCUGUGGCACCUGUUCCAGAACUCGGCCACCGCCGUAGCUCAGCUCUACAAAGACAGAGUUUGUCAGCAGCAAGGCCUCUCUCUCUGGGUGCCCUUCCAGAACGCAGCCACAGCUGUCACUAACCUGUACAAAGAGAGUAUGGAGGCCCGUCAGCGGAGCUAUGACCUGGGCAUACACUUAGGCUACCAGCGCAGAAAUAAGGAGGUUAUUGCAUGGGUAAAGAAACGCAGAAGAACGAUCAGGCGAGAGGAUCUCAUCAGCUUCCUGUGUGGCAAAGUCCCCCCCCCAAGGACAGGUCGGGCCCCACCUAGGGUUGCCAUGGUUUCUGCAAGCCGACCAGCGCCCCCUGAGACAGGCAGCUCUGUGGAGACCGACCUGCAGCCCUUCAGAGAGGCCAUUGCACUGCACGGUCUUAGCGGUGCCAUGGCGAGCAUUUCUGUGCGCUCGGGUCCUCCUGGUUCCCCAACCCAUCCUGCCCAGUCCCUCAGCCGGCGUAGGAACGGCCUUCAUGACGUGGACCUCAACACCUUCAUCGCUGAGGAGAUGGCGCUUCAUUUGGAUUCCACGGCCAAUCGCAAACGCGGCCCUGCCCCCUGUAGUGACGUCAUCACAGACUCACCCACUCAUAAACGUAACAGGAUGCUCUGAACUUUUCCUACACCACUAAUCCCUCCUCUGUCCUCUCCUCGGUGGCCGACUGGACAGCUGGUGUGGACUGAUGCCUUGGCCAACCAUUGAAAUCUUCCUCCUAUUCAUCUUAGUUGCAAUGCUACAAAUAAAGAAAACUUUCCUUAUUACCAACCCACAUAGUUCUCCCCUUCUUUGUUUCCCACCACCUGACACCUGUUGUCUCAGACAUCCGCCAUGUUUGGGUUGUAGUCUUUAUGAGAGUAUGUUUCUUUCCUUUUUGUUUGGUUUCCCACCGUAGACCUAAUACAGAAGCAAGCACAUGUCACUCUUUAAAUCCUUAAACUGCAGAUUGUUGCAUUUAGACAUUGUUUAUGGCCGGGUUCCUUUGUGCUUCACAUCCAGUUAUCAGAUGAUCCGGGCUGUAGCCUUCUGUUUGCUGUCCUCUUCCCCGCCUCCCUCAAAUGUACUUCCUGCUCCUCUGUGGAGUGCUGGCCAGACCAGGCUGGACUGAAACUCGGGCUCCAUGGGGCUGAGCGUCCCUGCUGUGUGGCUCCACUCACAACGCUUGUCAGCGUGUUUCUCAUUCUGCUGCUGCUUUGUGUUUUUUGCAUAUCUGACAGCAGAACUGCCACUUACUGUGUUGUACUCGUCUUUGCCUUUGAGAAAGCUGCUACAGUAUCUCUGGUUGUUGUGCAACAGUGAGUGUGUGUGUUUGAGUAUGUGUGUGUGCGCUUGUGGAUGCAGGGUUCUGCAUCAGCACCCACUUGACCCAAUUUUCUGUUUUACUUAAAUUCAUCCUUUUUCUCUUUAGUUGCUCUUUGCAGCCCAAACCAGGGUUUUAUCACAAAGCAGGUCCGAUUCACACAGGUCGUGGUUCUCAACUUGAAUGGUGGGAUGACGAGAGUAAGCAAGAUUUAUUUUCAACAGUUUUCUUUGCUCAAGAACCAUUGUCCCAAAUCGUAUUUAAGUUUUUGUAUUUAGUUUCCAAUUACCGAAACAUUUAGUCUCCCUCUCAGCAUUGGACAAAGACGUGUUUGCAUAAAGACGAGUAUCAGUGUUUCAAAUCUUGCAUUUUACCGACAUGUUUACGUUUGUCCCACUGAUAAGAACCCAAACAGAUGCUUUGUUUUCAUUCUGUCUCUUGUACUUCAGAAACGACACUUGUGAUUUCAGCUUUAAACAGAAGUUACCUGUUAAUUUACAGGGGGCCAACGGCUGUGAUACUUUGUUUUGUCUCGCCAGUUCAUGGACUAUUGGUUGUGAUGGCUGGACGAGGCAAGGGCCACUGUUUUUUUUGCUAGUUUCACACACUGCUUUGUGAUACAAUCUUGUGUAAUGUGUGUAAAUAACAUGUAGGUGCUGUUAUAUGUGGUACAUAUUGUAAAAAGAAGUGCAAAUCCAUUGGGAUGUCCAUGUACAAUAACAAUUCUGACAUUAAAGAAAAAUAAAGAGUUUAACUAA